AUGCAAUCAAGCUCUGUCUCGAACUAUUGAAAAUUAAUCUUUCAACAAUAACCCAAAUGUUGAGCUCUUCUGGGUCACGGAAGCCUCAAGUGUUCAUCAAUUUCAGGGGUAAAGCUCAAAGAGACAACAUAGUGAGCUUUCUAAAGUCUAAAUUAGAGGAGAUCAGUGAUAUCAACGUUUUCAUUGACGAGGAUGAGAUUAGAGGCAGGCCAAUCAGUAUACUCUUCCAACGAAUCAGAGAGUCUAGUAUCGCACUCGUCAUCUUCUCAAACAAGUACCCCGAGUCAUGCUGGUGCUUAGACGAGCUGGUUGAGAUCAAGAAGCAGAUGGACACAGGAUCUCUUGUUCCGUUUCCAAUAUUCUACAAAGUGGAACCUGACAGCGUCAAGACACAGAGAGGUUACUUCCUUAAUACUCUCCUCAAGACUGAGGAUUACGUGCGCCAGAAGGUUGAUCGGAGUAGCUCCAAAUCGAUACUUGAAACAGAGGCUAGGAUUUGGGGAUGGAGGCAAGCUUUAGUCUCUGUUUGCGAAAGAAUGGGGUCACCUCGUCAUCAUAAGAGUGAUAAAGAUUUCGUUAGUGAAAUUGCGGUCGGGGUCAAGAAAAUCUUAGACGAUUCAUCUCCAAAAAAUUAUCUUACAAACAUAGAGAGGCCUCCGAUGCAUCCUCAGGAAGAAGUAACGUCGUUCUUACAAGCUUUAAACCUAAAUAUAUCUGAUCUUGAAGAUCUUAUCACAAAGCCAUCCGAACAUUUCAACGACGUCGUUGUUUCCCUGGGCACUGAUGAUUUGGUGUUUCUUGACUUGAUCUCUCUUCAGAAUCCUAUCCUCGCUUCACGACUAAGCAGGCCAGGUCAAGCUGGAAAGAUUCUCUUGGUGUUGUUAGGUUCUCUAGAAUACUGCAAUGAGGGUUUUGAUUUGAAGCUUCGUUUGCUGCCCGAGAAACAUCAACAAUUUCUUGGUAACGAGGUUAUUGUCCCAGCUCAAGAAAUCCAAGAUCGAAGCGACCCUUUGUCAGUUCAAGUCACUUAUGUGGUAGCAGACAGGAUUCAAACUACAAAGAGUAAUGAGAAUCUUAGUAACCGUCUUGGCGAAGAUUACAACUCCAAUGCUGCAUUGAUCUGCUUUUUACUCUUGUGUAACAUACAGAAGCGUCGUGCAAUGAUAUCCUGUCCUCCUCGAAGAGUGCUCAUCAGUUUUGGUGAAAAACAGCUCGGAAAAUACCUAGUGAUCCUUCUGAAAAAUGGAUUAGAAUCAAACCAAAUCUCAAUGUAUGUAGAGGAUGAGAUGAAGGGCAGGAUUAGCGAGUCAAGGGUUACUAUAGUGGUCUUCUCAAAAAUGUACCCUACGUCAAAGAAAUGUCUUGAUGAGCUAGUUGAGAUCAAGAAGCUUAUGGACGCAGGAGAGAUCGAUACCUUCCCAAUUUUUUAUAACUUGACGGCUGAAUCAGUUAAAAAAUUGAAGGGAUGGUUCCGCAAUAGGCUUCUCAAGAUAGAAGACGCAGUGCGUAAAAACGUCAAGAGAAGAGAUGAUAAUUCUAUACUUGAUACUGAAGCUAGAAUUUGGGGAUGGAGACAAGCUCUCUCGUCAAUUGCCUCAAGACCGGGAUUGAGCUAUCAACAUAGCAAUGAUGAAGUGUUCGUCAGUGAUGUCGUGACCAAUGUCAAGAAACUAUUUGCAUUUAGGGAGACGUCUCUAAUGCAUCGACAGGAUACAGAAGCAGCAACAACAGUAGUCGAUUCCCUUGAUGAUGACUUAUUCUACUCCCAUACUUCCUUCUUACAAGCUCUAAACCUUGAAACUACAGACCUUGAAGGAUUCACAAAGAUUCCGAAGGGUCUCGUUUCUCUGAGGCUGAAAGGGCACACUGAUCUAGUGUUCCUCAACUUUAGUUCUACUGAAAAUCUGGUCCGAUUUCAAAGUUCUGGCUCAUUCAAAUUCCUUGAAAAGGAGUUUGCUUUCAGUCCUUCAGGUGUCAUCAGAAUUGAAGAGCCUUCUCUGGUCUAAGCAUCAGACUCCAAUCAAGAAAUUGAUAGAUG